AUGGCCAAACCAUACGUAAGCCAACCACUAUAUCAUAGCAUCGUCCUACCAGUAUCCCUUGAGCACCCCACGGCAGUGCUCGUACAGGACAUGUCCACCAACCCCCACACGUUAGGGCUGUGGAAUAUUGCCCACCGUAUAUUGAGGUUGUGGAACACGGCUAUGAGUAUGGCAGUGCAAUCCCAAAUCAAAAUAUCCUCUUACGGCUGGAAUGGCACAACUAAACUCUGGAACAGCGCUUCAGUGAAGUUAGAGCAUCACCUGAAUCGUGUUCAUACUUUUGCGUUCUCUCCCAAUGGCGAGCUAAUCUCUGAUUGGGGCGGUGGCAUUCUCGAGGCUCUCAAAAAGCCCAUUACUGGCCCUUUAUUCUCUGGCGACGGCCGCCUUGUUGCAGCAUUUGCGGGAGAGACAAUCAUGGUUUGGGACACAGGCAGUGGGAAAUUUAUUCGGGCGUUGGAGUUGGAUGUUGACGAUUCAGAUGUUGAGUGUUACGUCAGUAUAAAGGCUGCUUUCCGGCCGGAUGGCAAGGUCAUUACAUGGGCCCUAGACAGUUCCAAGCUUGGGACCCAAUUUCGGGGAAGCAAAUCGAGACUUUUAACGGCUCGAUUGAGCUGA